AUGCGUCUCUCGGCAGUGGCUGCGUUAUUAUCCACUCUUUCAGUUGUGCUAGCUUCAGGCCACAGCUCAAAUCCGCAGCAUCAUGAUACAUAUAAGAGAUCACCAGUUGGCGGUAAAACAGCGCGAGACAACGCCACGUCCUCGGAAUAUGACUAUGUUGUUGUUGGGUCCGGCCCUGGAGGAGGCCCUCUAGCAGCGCGACUGGCAAUUGCCGGAUACAAGGUACUUCUUCUGGACGCAGGUGAUGACCAGGGAAAUGCCACACAACAAAUUGUCCCUGCCUUGCAGCUUCAGUCCACUGAGUAUGAUCCCAUGAGAUGGGACUAUUUUGUGAACCACUACUCGAAUAUCUCACGCCAGGAAGAAGAUACAAAGAUGACAUACCGGACUCCUGCAGGGGACCUCCACGUUGGACGCGAUGCACCUGAUGGCUCAGAGCCUCUGGGCAUAUUGUAUCCAAGAGCUGGGACCUUAGGAGGGUGCUCUGCCCACAAUGCCAUGAUCACCAUCUACCCGUACGAGAAUGACUGGGAGCAAUUGGCCGCUCUCACGGGGAAUGACUCGUGGUCUGCGUCAAACAUGCGAAAAUACUUUGAAAGAUUGGAGCGCAACCGAUAUAUACCAAGUGGCCUGGUGGGCCAUGGAUUUGAAGGAUGGCUCACAACAAGUUUGACCGACUUGCGUCUCGUGAUUGAAGACCAAAAACUCCUUUCCUUGAUCCUUGCUGGCGCGACAGCUGCAGGUCAGAGUCUGCUGGGUAAAUUGGUCAACACUGUGACGGGCCUCGCGGGAGUCCUUCUACGCGAUCUUAACAACGCCUCCCCCACGCGCGAUUAUGAGACCGGCCCAUACCAAGUGCCUCUGGCUGUGGACGUUCCCGAGUACAAACGUACAGGCCCUCGAGAGUUCCUCAUGAAGACUGUAAAUGCCGUCCACUCUGACGGCUCACGGAAAUACCAUCUUGACAUCCAGCUCAACACGCUUGUGACCAAAGUAAGGUUUGAUACCACUGGAGCUAAGCCGCGGGCUCUUGGUGUGGACUAUCUUCGGGGCCAGAGCCUAUAUCGUGCGGAUCCCCGGGCCUCCCGCACGGCCUCUAACGGUAUACCGGGUAGUGUGAACGCCGCGCGUGAGGUGAUUCUGUCCGCAGGAUCAUUCAACACCCCUCAGUUGUUGAAGCUCAGCGGAAUUGGUCCACAGGAGGAGUUGUCCGAGCUGGGUAUCUCCACGCUGGUGAACUCGCCUGGCGUCGGCUCCAACCUUCAGGACCGGUAUGAGAUCGGUACAGUUGGGAAAUCCCCUACCGAUUUCGUUCUCACCUCCAAAUGCACCUUCAUGUAUACCAUGCCCGACCCCUGUCUGGAACAGUAUGAGAACGAUCCUUUGUUUAAGGGCACGUAUACCACCAACGGAAUUGCCAUUGCAAUCAUUCGCAAGUCAUCCGUGGCGGACGACGAACCGGACCUAUUGAUCUCGGGAGCCCCCGUCAACUUCCCCGGCUAUUAUCCGAACUAUUCAUAUGAAGGUCUCAAGGAUGCUCAACAUUGGACUUGGAUCACAUUGAAGGCACGCAGUCGCAACAACGCAGGUACAGUGAAGCUGCGCUCCAUUGACCCCCGCGACGUACCCGAUAUCACCUUUAACUCGUUUGAUACCGGAGUAACAGAAAAUGAUGCGGAUGAGAAGGAUCUUCAGUCUGUGUACGAGGCGGUGGAGUUUUCUCGAACGAUAUUCGACGAUCUUAUCCCGCUCGACGGGGGAUUCGACGAGGUCUGGCCGGGGCCUAACGUCACUACCGAGAGUGAGGUCAAAGACUUUAUCAAGCAAGAGGCCUGGGGCCAUCAUGCCUGCUGUACUGCUGCUAUUGGAGAGGAUGGUGACGGGAAAGCCGUACUGGACUCUGACUUUCGGGUACGGGGGGUAAAUGGGUUACGCGUUGUAGAUGCCUCGGUGUUCCCAAAGAUUCCCGGGUACUAUGUCGCGCUGCCAAUCUACAUGAUAAGUGAGAAGGCCGCCGAAGUUAUUAUUGCUGAUGCCGCUUGA